AUGGCUGUUGCUCUAACUCCCGCCGCUACCCCUACAACCGCUGCCAAACCCGCACUAGACCUCCCUACCCCCUCCUCUACAGGCCCCCGCCCUCCCCCAAAACGCCGCCCAACCCGCAAAACAGCCUCCCUGUACGACGCAUACCGCCAGCUCCGCCCCCCCUCCACGACCUGGGACCGGAAGGCGCGAUAUCAGUGUAUCGGCCGGCAGCCCGGCGCGGAGUGGGAUGAUGUCUUCUUGGUGAGCUGUUUGAAUCACCAUGUUGCUAUUUCGCGGUUGCGGGUUGGGAGGGGGGUGUUGGUGGGGCUGGAGGGCCUUGACGGGGUCGAGGGGGGGGAUGGGGUUGGGCCAGGGUGUAAAGGGGGGGAUGGGGAGGGGGGGGGAGUGACGGUGUGGAGGAGUAGGUGGUGGGAUCUUUUUAGUGCGGAGGAGAGGGUUGAGGCUAUGGGGCUGUGUGGGGGAUGA